UGAGAAAAAAAUAUUUUUCGAGCAAAAUUUCGAAUUUUCAUUUUUCAUACGUUUCACUAAAACUUCUAUAGCAGGUCAAAGAAAUACAGUACCACCGCCAAACGCUGUCAAAAAUCGCCCGAUACAUGAUUUCUUAAUUUCGUACAGGAAAUGAAAGAAAAUUAUGUAUUUCUUUCCCUAUAGUCGUCAGAGAAUUUCUCUUUUCUUCUUUCAUUUCUGACGUAGCACUUUCGGCCCAUCACUAUUCAAUAUAGUAUAAAUAGAGAGCCAUUCGCAUAGAGACUUUUGCUUCCAUCAUAUAUAAAGUAAAGUAAUUAAAAAGAAGAUAUUAAUCUUUUAAUUAUUCCACCGGAUCAAACUAUUUAUAACGAUAAGUAAGCAUUUUCACUUUUGUUAAGUUUAAGCGUGUUUGCAUAGCUAAAACAGCAGGAGAAAGAGCGAAGGUAUAUCGAGAGCGGAUAAAAAAAGAUAAAGUCAAACAUGAACAAGUUAAGGUAAAAGCUCGUCAAUGUAGUAAUUCUAUUCGUACGAAAUUAACAGGUAAAGCAUUAGAAAAUUUUCGUGCUAAUGCUAAUUACCGUCAAAGAAAAUGUCGUUUAAAUAAACGUUUAAUUAAUAAUAAACCACCAUCUUCAUUUCAAAAUUGUCAAUCUUUUGGUAAAGCUAUGAAAAAAGUAACAUCUGCUUUACCAAAAUGUAAUAAAAAAAAGAAAGCUGUUAUUCAACACCUAGCUCAAAAAUAUGAUUUUGUUCCAAAACCUGUUCAGCAACUGUUUUGUAUGGUAUUUGUGUUAUACAAUGCAGACUGUACCGCAGCAAUUAAAAAACGGAAGCAAUGUUAG